AUGGUCAAGGGAAAAGUUUUCACGGUUUCAGGAGCAGCAUCUGGCAUUGGUCAAGCUACGGCUAUCAGACUUGCUGAGCUGGGAGCGAGAGCAAUUGCUAUCAGCGACAUCAACUUGGUUGGGCUCGAAGCAACGAAGGAUACCUGUGCGAAACUCGGAGCGCAGGUCGCAAGUCGCAUUGUUGACGUGAGAAAAGCUGGAGAUGUGACAAGUUGGAUCAAAGACACUGUCACUGAGUUUGGACAGCUGGAUGGUGCUGCCAAUGUGGCAGGUGUUGCCGCUGCUGAAAACGGAGGCAGUACCGUCGAAACUGUGGUCCAGAAGGAUUGGGACUUCACUUUGGCUGUCAAUCUUGGAGGUGUGCUGAAUUGCAUGCGAGCCCAGCUCGCCCACAUCACCAAGCCACGAGGGUCAAUCGUCAAUGUUGCUAGCACCUCUGGACUUUUCGGGAUGCCUGGGAACGCCGCGUAUGCGACAAGCAAAUUUGGAGUCCUAGGUCUGACGGAAUCGGCAGCUGGUGAGGUUGGGUGGGAAGGAGUGCGUGUUAAUGCUGUAUUACCCGGCCCAAUCGACACCGCCAUCGUCCGUAACGGCGAAGCAAAAGGAUUAUGGAACCAAAAGAUGCUAGGAGAUGAGACUCUGCUGGGUAGAACUGGAAGAGCUGAUGAGGUAGCCAACGUCAUUUGUUUCUUGCUCAGUGAGGAUGCCUCUUUUGUCACGGGAGCUCGCUGGACUGUUGAUGGAGGUUAUGCUGCAGCGAGGACGAGAAGACCGCCACCAAACCCUGCACUUUGACACAUCUAGCAGGUAGACAUUGUUAUCACUGAAUAUAUCCAAUAUCUU